AAUGGCACCUUUUGCUUAAUCUGCAGCCACUUAGUUUUCCAGAGUUUUUUUCCCAUUCUAUUCGUCUCCUCCUUACGCAACACAAAAUUUGGGGGAAAGUUCCGCAAAACUAAGAACCCUAAAAAUCAAAGAACUUUUGCAGGUUCGCAGAUUACAAUGGAAGCCCAGCAACAACAACAAUAUCAAUAUCAAUAUCAACCUCAAACAACAGAAACCUUAACACCUCAAGCAUAUGAUUCUUCAACCCAGAUUCAAUCAUAUGAUCACUCAAAUCAAGCUUACUAUGCUGCUUAUCAACAACAACAAUAUGCAUCUAACCCAUAUCAAGAACAACAACAACAAGAUUAUUCGUCGUAUUAUUACCCAGAUUAUUCAACUUCUUAUCACCAAAUGGAUCCCAAUUCAAUUCAUCCACCUGGGGUUGUUCCGGUUUCAGCUGAUUCUCAACAAACCCAUCUUCAGAAUACCCAGAAUGUGUACUACCCACAUGGGGUUGUUGCGUCUCAACCUCCUCCUUCUCUUCCUCCUCAAGGGUAUUUGCCGGCUGGAGGUAGUCAAGCUAGUCGGUCUUUGAGAGGGCGCGGCACUUUUGGUCGUCAUGGUAGAGGGAGAGGUGGUGGUCGUGGUAAGCCUCGAUCAUCUACUCAAUCAGUGGCUGAGGGACAAGCUGGUCCAAGCAAGCCACCACUUCGUAUGGCAUGGUGUGAAGUUUGUAGAACUGAUUGUACUACUCUUGAAGUCCUCGAGCAACAUAAGAAUGGAAAACGACAUAAGCGGAACUUGAAGGUGCACGAGGAGUUGCAGAAUCUAAGCAGACAUCUGACAGUGCAGGAUCAUAAAUUACCUGUGUCUCAGCCAACACCUGAAACUGUUCCUAUUCCUCCCCAGAAAGCUGAAGCUCUUGUUCCUCCGAAUGAGAAUUCAGCUCUUGUUCCCGCUGCUUCAGAGAAUAAAGGUGAAGCUGCUGCAUUAAAGGAUACAGCUGAGAAAUCCAGAACUUCAGGAGCACUACCAUCUCAAGAGUCAGUUAGGAAUGAUCAUUUUGGUGGUAGGGGUGGCUUAAAGAGAAGGAUGAGAGGGGGCCGUGGUGGUAAGUGGAUGAGAGCCUUUGAUGGGUCAAGAAGAGCUGUUGAGCCUCCGAAGCCUAAACAGGUGGUUCCUUUAAUAUGCAAUUUGUGCAACGUGAAAUGUGAGUCUCAGGUUGUAUUUGAAAGCCAUAUAGCAGGUAAAAAACACCUUUCAAAUGUGAAGCGAUUCCAAGGCCAUAAAGAGGUACUUGGAGAAGGUAUUCAGGCGCUAUACCCUACUAUCGCUAAUCUUCCAUCAUCAACCUCAAUCAUUCCUCAAGCCAAUCAACAGGGUCCUCAUGACGCUCAAGCUCUUGCAUCGAUGAUGCUGAGUCAACAAAAUUUGCAAGAUCCUCAAGCUGCUCAUGCAGCUUUGACACAGCUUCUACAUCAACAUGGUAUUCAUGAUGCUCAGACUCUUAUUACUCAGUUGGUUCCAUAUAUGCUUGCUCAAACCCCACAACUUCCUGGGGUUUUAGUACCUGCUCCAGCAGCUGGAUUCGGUGUAGAUAACCAGCAGAAUUCUCUGAGUCAAGUGGCACAUCAUUCUGUUGGAGCCGAGAGCCAUAAUGUCACUGUAGAGAAUAACGUUGAACAGCAGAACGUGACAAGUAAUGUUGAACCCGAAGCUGUUGUAGGAAUACAAGAAAAACCUGCUGAUGUCCCGUUAGAAAAUGAAGGUCAGCAAUGAGUAAGCUUUUGUUUCAGGACAACAUAACCAGUAAGUCCAGUUCAGAUGGAAGACCAUUUUCACAGAGACAGACAGUUGAUGUAGUGUACUAGUAUUUGGCUUUUUGUUAGGUGCUCCACCUGUGAGUGUGUGCUUCUAGGUACUGCGGGUUAACCUGGGAAUAGAGAAUAACAAAUUUUGUUGCCAUUGCUGUAUUACCUAAGAGUUCAUGUUUUCAGGUGUACCGAAUAAGAGCUGGAUCAACUUUAAUAGGAGCUUGUAGUGCCAACUUUUUUUUUUUUGCGAAAGAAUUAUGGAAGUUGGCCUUCAGCUGAUUUACAGCAGUAUGAUAUUAUGUAGAGUACUCAUUUCAAGUUUGGUGCUUUCUUCACAUAAAAUUGCACAUGGUCACAACUUUUGUAUUUCC